CAUCUAUACCAAAUCUACUUCAGAGGGGAACGAUCAAAAAAAUACGGACAAGCCGGCAAACAAAACACGGAAACUUUCUGUGGAUUUAAUUUCCUGAAUAUGCCGCCAGAGAUAUGACAUGGAACUCAACUUUAGCUGUUCCACUUUUAAGGCAGAUCGUAUCAUCGUUAUACCACGGGUUGGUAUCUUAUAAAUAGGGCACCUUGACAGCCCGGGCCAGGAGCUUGCAAGAGCUAGCAGAAGGCGAGAGACUGAUGAACCACUGACCAACCAACCACAACUCAUUUCACCAGCAGAUUCGACCGAGGAGGCCUAGACAGCAGAAGCAACUUCGCAAGAUGAAUGCCCACAGUGUCACUGCUCUAGCGAUCAUCAUCAUGACCAUUGGUAUAGAUGCCGAUGUCAAACACUGUUUCUGCGAUCUUCGAUGGUCUACCACUCAGCUGGUAUCCGGGGACAGCGUCGACAGUCUGCCGGUCCUACAGGACCUGUGGAAUCCGCCCUACCGUCAUUUCAUACACGUCGGAUGCUCAAGAGUCCUGGAACACUGCCCUGACGACUGUCUGGCAACCGCCCAUGCAUGGUUGGGAGGCGCCACGAUGACGUAUAAAUCCGGCCCGGACGCGUGCAUUUCUGCGGCUACCAACGCGCCUCCGGGCAGUCCGAUCUACGUGUACGCGUCGUACGACCCCAGCGUGUGCGGAGAUCGCUCGUGGCAGUACAUAGGCCCGCUGUGCUGCUGGGAGAUUUCGUUUCCGGGGUACGAAAGCUUCUUUCUGUACAACCAUGUGUGCAAUGAAUCCUGUCCGCCGAAUAACCCAAGUUGCUAAGUUACAAGGACAUAUUAGGGGUCAUUUUAAAUGAUGCGCGUACGGUACACGAAUGCAGUUCAGGAAAAAGUUACCGAUUACGUAGCCAAUUUCUGUGGUAAUUUCACUAAACACACAUAGGGCCUACAUACAUUGCAACUCAAUUUGAUGUGAGAGAAAACAAAACACACGCGCAAAAUGGUGAUGUAACAGGCAACAUUUGGCGAGCGGCACACGUCUCGUUCUUGCUAAUUUCUAUUGUAGGCCUAUACUACCUGAUAAAACGUCUCCUUUAACUACACAAUGGCAACAGAGUUUAUCAGCUGUGCCUGAAAUAAUAUCACAAACUUUGUGAAAGCAAGAAUAAAGUGUUCAUAUUAGAUGUUGUUGCAUGCAUGUUAAAAGAAACUUUAUCAAAGUUUAUUUUUAUCUCACCGAAGCUAUAGCAAUGCUUACAAGUUCAUGUAAUAUUAAAUGCCUUGCUAAAGGUGCACGUCAGUCAAAGAAUACAUA